AUGAAGUCAGGAACGGCGGUUUUUUCAAGCCUGGGUGCGGCGAUAUCCAUCGCUUUGGCGACAUGCGGCGCGGAAGCGUUGACCCAUGAUCGCACUGGCUCCGGGUUGGUGAGCCUGGCGGUCGCAAAAGAUGGUGGGAACAGGUCCAGCCCGCUGCUGUAUGGAGUGAUGUUCGAGGAAAUGGACCAUUCAGGUGAUGGCGGUAUUCACGGACAGCUGCUCCAAAACAAUGGAUUCCAAGGGUCCAGUCUUGGAAUGACAUCCUAUGCUCCAGUGGGAGAUGCGCAAAUUUCUCGAGAUACGUCGAAGCCCGUGAGCACGGCAAUCAAGUCAUCGCUCAGUGUCUCGGUGCCGGAAGAUGCAACAAGCUAUGUGGGAUUUGCAAAUACUGGUUACAACGGAGUACCGGUCAUGAACACGACCUACAACACGUCCUUCUGGAUGAUGGGUGACUAUUCAGGUGCUAUCAACAUUCAGCUACUUGGGUCGCAUAGCGGCAUCGUAUACGCGGAUCACAAUCUCACCGUCCAGAGCACGGCCGCCAAGUUCACACAAUUCAGUACAACAUUUGACUCAAAGCCGUCUCCGGAUGGAGAUAAUGAGUGGCACUUGACCUUUGAUGGAUCAAAGGUUGCUGGCAGCUCGUUGAGCUUUGGCUAUAUUCAAUUAUUCCCGCCCACGUACCAUGACAGGGAGAAUGGGUUACGCAAGGAUUUAGCCACGGUUUUGGCAGAGGUCAACCCAACGGUCCUCCGGUUUCCAGGGGGCAAUAACAUUGAGGGAUUGCAGGUUGACAGCCGGUGGAAGUGGAACACAACGAUUGGCCCCCUUAUCGACCGACCUGGCAGAGAGAGUGACUGGUUUUACCCAAACUCCGACGCUCUUGGCCUAGAUGAAUAUCUAUGGUGGUGCGAAGACAUGAAGAUGACCCCCCUUCUGGCUGUCUGGGCUGGCAAGUCCUACGGAGACAUUAUAUCAGGAUCUGAUCUUGAGCCGUAUGUGGACGACAUUAUGAAUGAGCUGGAGUAUCUUCUCGGGAGCUCGACUACGCAAUACGGAAAACUGCGGGCACAAAACGGACGCAGGGACCCAUGGAAAAUUGACUAUGUGGAAAUUGGAAACGAAGAUGAUCUUACGGGUGGAUGUGCUACCUACCCUGAUCGCUUCAAUCAAAUUUACAAGGCAAUCCAUGACAAGUAUCCCCAUAUUACGCUUGUUGCGUCGAAUGGAGAUUAUCGCUGCCUCCCAUCACCUUUACCCGAGGGCGUCAUUAUCGACUUGCAUCUCUACCGGCAGCCAGACGAUUUUGUGGCCUUGUUCAAUCAGUUUGACAAUCAACCCCGGAAUCAGUCCGUGAUGGUGGGCGAAUACGGUUGUCGGAAUACGUCAGAUGCCAAAGGCACGUACCGGUCAUACAUUCAAGGUAGUUGUAGUGAGGCAGUGUAUAUGAUGGGCAUGGAGCGAAACAGCGAUAUUGUGCAGAUGGCAGCGUACGCGCCGAUGUUGGAGCACUUUGGACUCAUUGCAUGGUCGCCCACACUGUAUGGAUUCGACUCUAGUCCGGGUUCAAUGACACCAUCAACCUCUUAUUAUGUCCAAAAAAUGUUUGCAUCCAACAAAGGGGACACUAUUCUGCCAGUGAACUCGUCCUCGGAUUUUGGACCCCUGUAUUGGGUGGCCUCGAAGACGAAUUCGACUUAUUAUGUCAAGCUGGCUAAUUACGGUGCGGACGAGCAGAAUGUUACUGUCAGCAUUCCAGACACCAACUCAGGAAGACUGGAAAUGCUCGCUGGGUCCCAGCUUCAAGGAAAUCGGCCUCAUGAUAUCUCGAUUCAAACGGUGAUAACUAAGGUUCAGAACGACAGUGGGAACUAUACGGUGAAUAUGGCACCUUGGGCCGUCGCCGCUUUGGCUGUUUCAUGA